AGCUUCUACGAAUAACUCAGCAAGACAUUACAUCUUGCUUAAGACCGUCGCAUCCCUCAUAACCCUGGCUGUAGACUUGCACGCAUGCACUGUGAUCCUGACUAGGGAUACCACCGCUUGCUCCGAUGGACCACAAACGAAAAGCGAGCGCCUCUAAUGGUGCCGCCUCUUCAGAUACCGAGGAGCGCGAAGAACGCGCUGCAAAGCGUCAGAGGCUUUCUGAGCAAUACGAUCUCAGCAAGGGCGAAACUCCGGAGUCCACAACAGCCCAUGGGCUGUUCCUCCUCGAACAAAUUCGUCGCACGGCAGACAAGAAUGGGCGCAAGAUAGCGGGCUAUUUCGAGAAACUCCUCCCCCGAGAAGGCAAUGAAGAAUACUACAAGCAAACGCGGAUGCCCAUCUCCCUUGAAAUGAUCGAACAGAAACUUAUCGACCAGGAAUUCGCGAACCUCACUGAACUCGAGAGCUAUUUUAAGCGCAUGGUUUGUAACGCUAAGGACUUCUACCCGCGCAAUUCGUCCACCUUCGAAGACGCCGAAAGGGUUCGCAAGGCUCUGAGCAAUUACAUGACCAAGAAGAAUCCUGCAUAUCAAAAAGGAAAUUACGUUGCCUUUCCCACACCUCUACCUCCCGAAGCCGACGAGAGGGUCGAAGAACGUCCUACCACGCCUACCUCUCAUCGUCGCCCCGCAUCCAGUGCUUCCACGACCCGGAGCAUGGCUUCGGCAUCGGGCACACCGGCGCCCCGUGAAGACCGCGAGACGGAUUCGACAGAGGAAGUGGCGAAAGACGUCGAGGAAACCGCGAAGGACAUCGAAGAGAGCGCGAAGAAAGUUGAGGAGAGCGUCGAGCGCGAAGAGAAUGGGGAAGCCGAUGAAGAGGAAGAACGCCCGGCCUCGAAGCGCACUUCUAUCAUCCUUCGUCGUGGCCCAGGCCGUAGGUCUGCCGGUCGCUCCAGCAGCACCCCACAAAGCAACGCGCCUGUCUCCCGGUCGAUCGGCCGCAAGGAUGAUAAUGUCUUUCUUGACGUCCCCUACAAAGAACUGAACUUUCAGGAAGCCCAGGAGAAGAUCGUUGAAGAGAUGAUGCGGAAGAAGGAUGAAGAAGCUGGCCUGCCGUAUUUCGAUGAAUUCCUCAACCUUCCCCCACGCUCUUUCAAGGAAUAUUAUCAGGUCAUCAGGCAACCUCUCUCCAUCAAAAAGCUUCAGAAGCUGGUCAAGGGUAUCCACGGUCGAAAGGAAAACACAGGGAUCUCCGAUUUUAAGAGCUGGGCCGCAUUUGAGGAGACGGCGAGUUUGCUGUGGCGGAACGCCUACUACUUCAACACGGACGAAAGCGCAAUUUAUGCGCUGGCAAAGGAAUUAGAGGCUUUCUUCCGCGAUCAACUUGCACAAGCUAAGAAGGUGGUUGACGAACCGCCCCAGCCGAAGAUCAAGCUCAAGCUUUCGAACGACCAGUCCACGCCGACACCUUCCUCCAAAAAGAUCACCAUUCAGGUUAAUACGAGAGGUGUUUCCACCGAUACUCCUGCGCCUUCUGCCACGGCUCAGUCCGAGGAAUCUCGCGGGAGCGAACAGCCUUCAGUCCCCAAUGGGACCGAUACCACCGCUGCCAUAGCUGCAGCUGCCAGGUCCGGAACACCACAGCAACGUCUCGACGCCAAUGGGCCUCUGGUUGCAGAAGGAGCGAAGAGCACCUCGGCCGCUUCUCCAAGGCCACCUGCGCCCAACGGUGCCACCAAGGAGGACACCGGCGCGGCGGCAACCCCUGCCCAGGUAGCUGAGCCAGGUCAGCCGGCCCCAUCCGCACAACCUGUUCUUGGCACAGUGGCGACGAGUACCGCCAAAUUUCACCCUGUUCAUCCAACGGAGACAAGGAGAGAACCUACCAUUAUGGACCAGAUAUACCGCCUCCCUGGAAAAGGCCCGGAUGAUGCUCUCCUUCAAUUGUUGCGCAUUCAGACCCAUCCCAUGCUCAACUUCGAACGCAGGCACGUUUUCGACCUUCGUCCUCACGAGCUAACGGUUCGUCAAUGCGUAGCGAUGCACAUGCCGCCGAACCAUGUGCGUAUUCAAAUCAUCGUCAACGUGCUUGCCUCCCUGCGACAACAACAGCGACAUUACAAGCUGUGGGUGGCCAUCAACAAACAAUUGCUUGCUCCGCAGGCACCCAUGCCAGGGCAGGCCUUCCCCCCUAACACGCUCGUCUUCGACGCACAACUGCAAGCCGCAUCGGUCAACCUCAUCGAGGUGGAAAUCGUCGCAGGGCUUCCUAAGGGCCAGCGAGCCCUCAACGGCGCAGAUUACGAGGUCGAGCAGUUUUCUGUACUUGCCAACGUCGUCAGAAACUAGGCGGACCCUGCGGUGCUUGAGCUCGUAUUUCCUCGUGCCAGCAUCAG